CCCUCCACUGCUAACUUGUGUAUGUGUGUGUAGGGACCGUCCCAUUCUCAUUUUUUGUGUUUCUUCUUGACUCUUCAGACUCCAGCACUACUCUACUGGCAUUGUGCAUUGCUCUCCACGCAUGAAGAUUUAAUGCCAGAUUCUGAAACAAAACAGUGACAAAUCCACCGACUGACACAAUGACUGCAGUGAAUGCACCACGAGACCGGUACAACGCCGUAUGGAUCAUAUUCUUCAUUCUUGGGCUGGGAACUCUGCUGCCAUGGAAUUUUUUCAUGACCGCUACAGUGUACUUUACGAGUCGUUUGAAGAACCCUCACAUGAAUGGAGAACACAAUCAAACAGCCAAUGGGACGGUGGUGAUCGAGGGCGACACACGUAAUGUCCUAGAGUCCAAGUUCAAUAAUGUGAUGACCCUCUGUGCCAUGGUACCACUGCUGAUAUUCACCUGCCUCAACUCAUUCAUUCACCAGAGGAUUCCUCAGAAGUUGAGGAUCUCGGGCAGUCUCUCUGUCAUUCUCGUACUGUUUCUCAUCACAGCAGUGUUGGUAAAGGUAGAGAUGGCUCCCCUGCCAUUCUUUGCUUUCACCAUGAUCAAAAUCAUCUGCAUCAACUCGUUUGGUGCAGUUCUUCAGGGAAGUCUGUUUGGUCUGGCUGGUCUGCUCCCAGCGUCCUACACCACACCCAUCAUGAGCGGUCAAGGGUUUGCUGGAACGUUUGCGGCCUUCUCCAUGAUCUGUGCACUUGCUACGGGCUCUGCGUUACAGGACAGCGCCUUCGGCUACUUCAUCACAGCCUGUGUUGUUAUUCUCCUGGCCAUCGUUUCAUACCUCGCCCUGCCCAGAAUGGAGUUUUUCCAGUUUUACUCUGAAAGCAAUGGCUCAGUGCCCGUCACAGAUGAGGAAAACAAUAUGGACUUGCUGAAAUCUGAAAGUGCAGCAGAGAAGAGAGCAGUCGUCAGUCUGACUGAUGAAGAUAUCAGUCCCACAGUGUCAGUUUUUGCCAUCUUUAAACAGAUCUGGGUGAUGGCUCUUUCCGUGUGCUUUGUCUUCACAAUCACCAUUGGCACAUUCCCAGCUAUAACUGUAGAUGUCAAGUCUGCAGUGGCUAACGGGGGUGAUUGGGAAACAUACUUCAUCCCUGUUUCCUGUUUCCUCCUCUUUAACGUGAUGGACUGGGCCGGUAGAAGCCUCACCGCUUGGUGUAUGUGGCCUGGUAAAGACAGUAUCUGGCUCCCAAUCCUGGUGAUUGCUCGAGUCGUGUUUGUGCCUCUCUUCGUCUUUUGCAACGUGCAGCCCAGACACUACCUGCCCGUGUUUUUCGCUCACGACGCCUGGUACAUCAUCUUCAUGAUCCUCUUCUCCUUCAGUAACGGAUAUCUGGCCAGCCUCUGCAUGUGCUUCGGACCAAAGAAAGUGUCCCAGCAUGAAGCGGAAACUGCAGGGGCUAUCAUGGCCUUCUUCCUCUCUCUUGGUUUGGCUCUGGGAGCCGCAUUAUCCUUUGGUUUCCGUGCCAUGAUAUAAAACCCUGGCCGAGUUCUCAGUACAAAGAAGAUGACAAACUUAAUCUCCUCCUAGUUACAUACUGACAUGGAUUCAUAAUGGUGUCGAACCACAGAGCCUGAGAGAAGAUUUCUUUAACCUACACGUACAUCUGUUGCAUUUUUUGCUGUUAGUACGGGCCACCUAUCUGUGCUUCCAGCUUACUUUUGUCGCUCUUGUGUGUGUCCUCUCCAACAAGCUACUAAUGCAACUGGAAUAGACAGUUUUCACCGGUGGAUGAAAAGAGGAUCCCUCUUCAUCAACAUUUUGUAUUCUUGAGCCACUACGAACAAGCCAAGUUUUUUUUCUUACAUUUUGUUUGUGUAUACUUUUUGUAUAUUGUGCCAAUUCAGUAUUAGUCAAUAGUGUAAUUUAAGUUGACCCUAAUGAGGCUUUGUGUAUUUUUUGUUGUUGUUUUUUAGAAAAGUGUUUUGUUGCUCUUAAAGGAAUAUUCCAUGUUCAAUACUAGUGGUCGACUGAUAUAUCGCUGAUAUUUGGUAUUUUUAAAUUAUCGGCAACGGUUACAUUUUAUUUUCAGUUUUCCCGAUUAGUUUAAGCCACAAUGGUGCUUAGAAUCGUCUGAUUCACGUGAAGGAGCUGUCUGAGACAUGUACAUGACCAAUCACAGUUGCAUUUUGAAAGUUUCAAAAGUAUAGCUGUAAACAAUAUGCAUGUUAACAUGAUUUUAGUUUUAAAGCUUCGUUGCCACUACAACGUAAUGCCGUAAACCCUAAAAUGACCAAAAAAAAAAAAACUAUUUGAACAACUUUACAGCUCAAAUAAUGCAUGAGUUUUAACAAAAUAAUUAAUGUAAAUGCUUUUACGAACACAUUUGCGAAUUCGCCGUUAUUCCUCCUCAUUCGAAAUGUAAAUUCAAGCCAGCUGACCCGUAACCAAGGAAUUUUGGGUUAAGGAACGAUAGUUUUGAAGGAAAACAGACGAAAAUGCACCUUGCCAUCUUCACCAACAUGCGACUGAUGCUUCUUUUAACUUUACGCAAGGUUGCGGCAUUUACAGUAGCGGUUCUAGCUUGUAAGGCAUCCUGGGCGAAACCCGCUUCAGCACUCCCCCCGAAAGAUGCCGCCCUGGGCAACUGCCCAUGUCGCCCCUGCCUAAAUCCACCAGUGGGCAUUUAUAAGAAAGGGGUGAGGUUUAAGCGGACUAAAUGAUUGCAGAAGUCAUGCAUACGUCACCAGAGAGAAGUCUGUCAUUUCACCAGAAAAUCGAGUUAUUACAUUUUGAUUAAAGAUUACAAGGUCAAAAAUUAAAAAAAUAAACAAAACAUAUGCAUGGAUGAAUCUUUUACAACAAGAUCAAUAACAUGCAUUUAGAAAAUAGAUAGGGUGAAUUUUCAUUUCAUGCCGACUUAAAGCUUUUUUUCUGCCUUUAAACCCUCCAUAAAUUGGCCCCAUUCACUUCCAUUGUAAGUGCCUCACUGUAACCUCGAUUUUUUUCUUUUUUUUUCUUUUUAAGAAAAGGAGGGACGAGUCUAAAUAUUUUUUGUGGUGAUCAACAUUAUGCCUGUCGAUUGAGCUUAACUUGUAUUGAAACCAGAAUAUUCCUUUGAAUGGUUUUAUUUGUCACAGUUUUAGUUUAGCCAUGGCAAAAGAGAUAUGCAGCUAUUAGUUAGGGCAGUAAGUCUAGAUAAACCAUACUGUAUCAUACCAUAAAAGUCCCCAAUGUAAGUUCAUGACGGGUCAUGUGGCAUUUUGAAUGGUAAUAUCAGUUCAAAUGUUUAUUGCAUGAAUGUGGUUUGAAAAAUGUUAUACAUUGUUUAUCUUUAUUAAAGGCCUUACAGUAUUACAUUUGAUGUUAUAAUAAUGUUUGUGUUUGUUUUUUAAACAGCUUUUUGUAUGAUUUUUAAUUCAGUGUGUCGUAUGAUGUGCCUAACUUGUUUUAAUGGCUUUUGAAUGAGAUAUUUAAAAAUAGUAUGCCAAAAUUGAAAUGUGUG